AAAGAGAAAACAGAAAAAGAAUUGCAUGCCACUAUGCCUGAAUAUAUCCUUUACUUGUAGAUAAUUCCAUCCGAAUUGCACUUUUGCCUUUUAUUUCCGUUUUUGGACACCUCUUUUAUCAUCCAGCCAACUGGGACAGACAAAGCACUGUUGGUGCCCUGAGCGACAGAACUCUGGUAGGGGGCUGGCUGUAAAUUGACGUGGCAUGGAAAUUCUCCGCUAAGUUGUAGCAGCUUGCAUGUUUCUCCUAAGAUCAAGCCCAGCCUCCUAGAACUGUAGCUUAAUCAUCAUGGGUCCAACGCCUUUACAGAAAAAUGGAUAGAAAAAGUCUUCAGCUCCUUUCUUUGGACUCUAAUGUUUUCUUUUUGACUAUCCAUGGUUUAGCUGAAAAAAUCAAAGCAGUUAAGUCUGUAACUUUCUUUUUGCAGCUUAAACAACAGAAUUUGCUGCUCUCCCUCCCCUAUCCUGCAAUUUAAUUCCUUACAGAUUUUGCUAUGGGGUGCGGACUUAGAAAGCUAGAAGACCCUGAUGAUAGCAGUCCUGGAAAAAUAUUUUCUACCCUGAAGAGACCGCAAGUGGAAACAAAGACAGAAUUUGCUUACGAGUAUGUAUUGCUGGAUUUUACUUUACAAGCUUCACCAAACCCAGAAGUCAUCAAGAUAAAUUCAAUUUCAGAUAUAGUAACAAAAGUGGAAGACUACUAUCUUAAAGGCUAUAUUGUUGGGGCUAUUCAUCCUGUUAUACAACCUGUGGGGCAGCGAAAACACCUACCUGCAAGUUACCUGUACAGAGUAGUGCUGUUGCGCUUGAAAUUAAGCCCGAAGCAUUCGGCAGUACCCAGUGGACAAAGACGCCCAAGGCUUGUGAUUGAGGAAUAUCCUCUAACUUAUGAGACACAAACAAAUGACAUAGCAAAAGAACUGAUAGAAAAGAUUAAUAUAGCUGCUAAGAGAGGAAUGAAAUUUGUUGGAUUCAUAUCACAGCCUUAUCCACCACUUAAAUUCUGCAACGGAAGCAAUCACGAUGGAGAUACAGAAUCAACACUGCCUGUGAGACACACUUCGGAGGAAAACUGUAAAAGUUGGAAUGAAGGAACAUUAAGUGGGCAAUCGUCUGAGAGUGGAAUUGAGGAAGAACUUCAUCAUGAAAGUGGACAGUGUCAGAUGGACCGAGAUGGCAGCCCCAGUUACUCUAAAUCCAGAAAGGGAGAAGAAUCUGAUAACAAGUUGUAUACAGUAUUCAAUGUUUUUGAUGAUGAAUCAACCUGUUGGACCUAUCAGGAAGGCAUCCUGUCAAUGAAAGUAACAAGAAAAGGAUCUGUCAUUAGUACACUUGAUGCUGAUUGGCUGGAGUUAACUACAUUUUACUAUAAACAAGGCUUGUCUUUAAUUGAUUCUUUUGUAUGCUGGGAAACAUCUAAAGGGGACAUUUUGCCUAAAUCUUUGGAAGGAUUCUUUAUCUACGAAGAAGAAGGCUCUGGCGUUCCAGGUUCCAUUAGGAAAGGAAAUGAUGCCAUCGUAGUAGAACAAUGGACCGUUAUUGAGGGCUGUGAGAUCAAAACGGACUACGGCCCUCUGCUGCACACUCUGGCUGAGUUUGGAUGGCUCCUGACAAGCGUGUUACCUACGCCUAUAGUACGACAUGACAGUGAAGGGAAUUUGGCUACAAAGCAAAUUGUGUUCCUUCAGAGACCAGUUAUGUGGAAUUCAGCUGCUCAAACACCAGAAAGGAAAGCUAGCCGGCAUAUAAAAGCUGAGGACAGGAACAAAGUCACCAGCAGGAGCAUUGGACUGGACACGGCCACAUCACCACCAGCAGAGAGCAGAAACCUGGCUGAGGAGAGCCUCCUCUCUCCUUCGAGAGAAUGUUGGACGAAGGACAGGAGGCCACCACAGUACAGCAGCUUCUCUGGGUUCAGCAGCAGUGACAGUGUCCUACGGGAAUUAGACGACGGACAGUUUGACCAGGAAGACGGAGUGACUCAAGUCACUUGUAUGUGAGCAAUGAAGUCAAGUAACAGAAGGCCCUGUAAAUAAUUAUUAAAAUA